GGGUUCGCACCGGUCCUGCUACAGCUACAAGCUACAGAACCGGUAGCUUAAAACUGAACGGACCUAAUGGACAAGGAUACUCGGGACGACUUCAGCUUCGCAAAGCUCAGCGACCUCAAAGAACUUGUCACGUUUCGAAUUUCUCAGCUUGAAGGGAGGAGGCAACAGCAUUCGUUUACAGAAUUGCUGGAGAACCCGGACCUCAAGUUUCACGGCGUUCAGUCUUCGUCGCUCUCUGACCUCUACGUAACGUGCCAACUCGUCGCCGACAACAAACCGCUCACAAUUCCCUUCCGAACCUCGUUCAAAGCCUUCAAGCAGAGCUACAUAUGGAACGAAUGGAUCACCUUGCCUAUCCGGUACUGCGACCUGCCCCUGAGCGCGCAGCUGACGUUCACGAUAUGGGAUAUCGCGGGGCCACGAGCGACGGCCCCAGUAGGAGGAUCAACGUUCCGGCUUUUCGGGAAGAAAUGGACGUUGCGGAGAGGCAAGCAUCGACUUCUCCUUUGGCCGGGGAAAGAGGCGGAUGGGUCUGUUGAAUCGACUACUCCAAGCAAGCUUGGUUCGAGGGAUGAAAUGGGAAGGUUGGAGAAGUUAGUGAAGAAAUACGAGCGAGGCGACCUGCCCAAGUCAGACUGGCUCGAUAAGCUCGCGUUUCGCAAGAUGGAGGAAAUACAUGCAGCGGAAGCUGCGAAAUCCGAUCAACUCUACCUCUAUAUCGACUUACCACGUUUCGACUUCCCUGUCAUCUACUGCGAACCAGAAGCGACUAACCUGCCAUCGACGUCGACAACCCAUAUCGCCGUCAAUGCGGUUCCCAGUACCCCGGCGUCACAAUCAAUCGCCGCCGACCCACAUCUAUGGGCCGUCAUAGAUCCAGAUGUCGCUCGCGAUAAUCCUGUGGAGGAUAAGCACCGCCGGCUCAUCCGAAGCCAUCGUAGCAGCCCGUAUGAUCGUGAACUCAAGCCGAAUGCGAAGAUCAGGGAUGAACUCGGUCACAUACUAGACUAUCCUCCGAGUCAGGUCCUCACCCUGGAAGAGAAGGACCUAAUAUGGAAGUUCCGAUUCUACCUGACCCGAGACAAACGGGGCUUGACUAAAUUCCUGAAAUCGGUCACUUGGCGCGAUCCGUUCGAGGUCAAACAAGCAGUCGAAGAGCUAUUACCGCAGUGGUCAGAGAUAGACAUCGACGAUGCUCUCGAGCUGCUGGGACCUGGUACCAUCGACUCCAGGGUGAGGGCGUUUGCAGUGAAACAGCUCAGCCGGGCGCCAGAUGAUGAACUGAUGUUGUACCUCCUCCAACUUGUACAAGCGCUCAAGUUCGAAAGUACAGCAAACGAUGCAAGGACUUCACGUUCGACGUCCGCCGCUAUAUCGUAUGAUGACAGUGGACUCGCCGACUUCCUGAUCUCCCGCGCGGUGGCAAACCCGGUCCUCGGGAAUCGGUUCCAUUGGUAUCUCAUGGUGGAAGUUCAAUCCGACGAUAAAGUCACGGCAAAGAUGUACGCGAGGGUAGAUUGGAACCUGAAUGCCAAGCUCGUAGAGUCAGAAGGCGGUAAAGAGCGUCGCGGAGUUAUGCGACGUCAAGCAGAGUUGGUGGCAACGUUGGGCAAGCGCGCUAAGGAAUUACGGGCCUCCAAGGACGCGCGACCGAAGAAGAUUGAGAAGCUGCGCGCUUUCAUCGCCGACUCCAAGAACAAUCUUGUAACCAUGGCGCCUCUCCCGCUUCCGCUCAACGCUCGAUACGAGGUCACGGGUAUUAUCCCCGAGAAGUCCAGCGUGUUCAAGUCGAACUUGUUCCCGAUGUUGCUCUAUUUUUCCUGUUCCGAUGGCACGGAAUAUCCGGUCAUCUUCAAGGACGGCGAUGACAUGCGGCAAGAUCAGCUCGUCAUCCAGCUUUUCACGCUCAUGGAUCGUUUGCUGAGGAAGGAGAAUUUGGACCUACGGUUAAGUCCAUACGAUGUACUGGCGACUGGUCCGACCCAAGGGAUGGCCCAGUAUAUACUCAGCAAGACCAUCGCGGCUAUCGUGAGCGAGCACGGGACGCUGUUGAACUACAUGCGUGCCCACUACCCGGACGACGGUAGUGUCGGGACAUAUGGCGUCGAUCCAUCGGUGGUUGAUACAUUUGUGCGCAGUUGCGCUGGAUAUUGUGUCGUCACGUACCUGCUCGGAGUGGGCGAUCGACAUCUUGAUAAUCUCCUCCUCGCGCCAGACGGCCACUUCUUCCACGUGGACUUCGGCUACAUCCUCGGUCGCGACCCCAAGCCUUUCCCUCCUCCGGUAAAGGUAUGCAAAGAAAUGGUGGAUGCGAUGGGCGGAGCCCAGUCCACCCAUUACCACCGAUUCAAGGGGUACUGCUUUACGGCCUUCACGAUCUUGCGCAAAUCAGCAAACCUCAUCCUCAACCUGGUCGCUCUCAUGGUCGACGCGAACAUACCAGACAUCAAACAUCGGGACGUCCACGAGCAGAUACAAGAGAAGUUCCGGCUCGACCUGACCGAGGAAGAGGCGAUUAAGCACUUCGAGGCGCUUCUCAACGAAACGUCGUAUCUGACGGUCGUGUUUGAUCGUAUACAUGACCUAGCACAGUACUGGCGCACAUAGUCACAUCUUAAUGGACAUUAUCUGCUGAUCCCUAUGAAUUCGUGACCACCGUGUCGAAUAGUAAUCACAAUUUCUUCCACCUAUUUUGAUCAUUAGUCUAUGGCGACAUUAAAAUAGCCAUGUUGAGAUAAGUAUUAGCGCUCCCUUUCUAGGAUCGUUUGAUUUGUAGUCGGCCGAGGAGGACUAGGGGUCCGAUACCUGCGCCUUUGAACUUCUAUAACGUAAUCAUCUGGAAGUAUUCCACGUAGCUUCAUAGCUUCUUCCCAAAUGCUGAAGUCCCCUUGGCAUUCCUUCCUCCAUUCUUCCAUCGCGGUCUUGCGCUUGCUGGGCGAAUGCACGACGAAGAAUCGUUCGUCUUCCUCCAGCGCCGCCUCCAUCAGUUCGUCAAGCGUGCACUGUUCCUGUUUCAGAUCGACAGUGAUGACCACCAUCUUGACGCGUUCGAGGUCGACGUCUUCCAAUCCCGAGAACGAGGCAGGACGGGAUCUGUCAAGACGCGGUCGCGGGACGCACAGGUGCGUCAGGUUGGGCAUGUGCGAGGUGGGGAUCUCGCGAGGCUCGAACACCAGGAGCCGUAGGUGGGUUAGGCCCGCGAAGAUGGAGCACCCGACGCGGUUCUUCCACCCGGACUCGCGCCACAUGAAGUGCAGCCACGGGCCGUUGACGGUCAGCGAGCGGCAGGGGGACUUGAGAUGGCCGGGGGGGUAGUGCGAGCAGACGCCCGAGUCAUCGGCGUCCGGAACGGGAUCGGCGGGCUCGUGCGGCCAGAGAUAGGUCGACUGCGUGAGGACGAGCCAGUGGUCGUACGAAAGCGCGAGUCGGGAGGCCUUUCGGCACGCGUCGAAGACGCUCUGCAGCUGCUUGGUGUCCCUGUUCGGCCCGGGGUCGAUCCAAAGCGACUGAACGAGGGGUCCGAGAUGGCGGGGGAAUCGAGGGGCUUGGGGCGCCUCGGCUCCUCGACGGGUCCUCUUGUUAUCUAAAGGCGUAGAACCGAGGAUCACGGUCGCGAACGCGUAGGGCAGAGCGAUCGCGCGGGCCCAGCUGCAUGUCAUGGAGAUGGCCCUCGCGGAUGCGGGGGACGAUGCGCAUGCGAUUUGGAUGAUCUCCAAGACCAGUUCUGUGGGAAGACCGCGUAAUGGGCUCUCCUUCGAUGUGGUCUUGCGCGAGCGCGCCAACGCGGAACCACCAGUAUUAGUUGCCAUUCGCCAUAAUUCAAUCUCUAAG